CUAGGACCCCGCCCCAGCGCAGGGCCGGCCAUGGCGAGCCAGUCGCAGGGAAUCCAGCAGCUGCUGCAGGCGGAGAAGCGGGCGGCCGAGAAGGUGGCGGAAGCCCGAAAACGGAAGGCCCGGCGGCUGAGGCAGGCGAAGGAGGAGGCGCAGGCGGAGAUCGAGGGGUACCGGCGGGAGCGGGAGCGGGAUUUCCAGCAGAAGCACCAGGCGGCGCUGGGCUCCCGGGGCCACGUGUGCGCGGAGGUGGAGUCGCAGACGCGCCGGCAGGUCCAGGCCAUGCAGGGGGGCCAGGCCCAGGGCAAGGAGCGGGUCCUGCGCCAGCUGCUGGGCCUGGUGUGCGCCCCACACCCCCAGCUGCCCCCCAACUACCGCCCGGGCGCCUAGG